CUGUAGCGGUAAAUAAUUCCCCAAAAUUAUUGACCACAGCAAUCACUCAUUGGAUGCUGACCACCACUGUUUAAGUCGACUUGUUUAGCUGAAGGCUUCCGGUCAAGCAUCCCCGCCAUUUGGUACCCCGUCGUGUAACGUGCACGAUCACUAGCUAGCUAAGCGUUCGUCUAACGGCUGGUUUUGGUUCGUAAAUACAUUUCUUCGUUUGGACGACCAAUUGUUGGCUUUUGCUUUGUCUUUGGUACGCGAGAAUAAAUUAAUUAGAAGUUGUUGAACGAGAUAUCACGUCAAACCUUUAAUAUCUCUCAACCCUAAACUGGUGAGCCAUCCGCAACCUUUAAACUGGUGAGCCCAACCGCGAACUUUAUCCACGAAAAAUCCGCAGAUAACCCCGGUGAGUUCGUUCCAUUUUGUAUUUGUUCUUGUACCAUAUAUUAUUCGACAUAAUUUUCGUCAUGAGUGAUCUUAGUCCCAAGGUCAUCCGUAUCCGCUCAACUCCUAAAACCAUUCAGCUCGUACCAUACUGGCCAGAUAAUGCUGAAACGUGGUUUCUGCUAGCUGAAGCAGAUUUUUGUGAGCAUGGGAUAACUGAUCAACGUUCACAGUUACUUGCAGUUAUUCACGCCCUACCGCGGGAAUUCAGCAAGUACGUAACAUCACAGAUGUUGAGUCCCGAGGUAAGUAACUCGUACGAGUUGCUGAAAGCAUCCCUCCUCAGGAGAAACGCUCUCACGGACAGACAACGUCUAGAUGAAUUAUUUCGCAACAUCGAGUUAGGAGAUCAGUCAGCCGUGAGCAUGCUGACAAGAAUGAAACAAGUCGUCGGCCAAUGUCAGUUCGACGAAGGACUGUUUAGAGAACUCUUCUUAACCAAGUUGCCACAAUCUGUACAGACCGUACUUGUGACACUUGAGGGUACUGUAAUAGAGAACUUAGCUAUUACUGCAGAUAAGAUCCUAGAAAUAACUAAACGGUCUGUCCCCGAAAUAUGCUCAAUGACUAAGCAGACUUCGAGUGAGGAUCCUGCAAUGACAGAGUUAUGCAACUCCCUUCAGCAGAUGUUUAGGUCAAACACACAUUCUAAAUCCUCCAACCGUCGUCCUAAAUCUCCUCAACGCAGGAACUCGCGUGGUCGAUCUAAGUCCAAACCACGUUCACUGAAAAACCCUGACUGGUGCUGGUACCACAACACCUAUGGCCAAGAAGCGAAGUGUUGCCGUAAGCCUUGUAACUUCGGAAAUGUCUCAAAGUCUGUGGGAAACUAUCCCGCCGGCACGCGUUAGCGGCAACCGUCGCCGGUGGCACUAGCCGCCUACUUUACAUCCAUGAUGUGAUAAGCCAGACUCGAUACUUAGUCGACACAGGCGCCGAAGUCAGCGUCCUUCCUGCUACAGCAGCAGAUCGACAGAAGGAACCUACCUUCAACUUACAGGCUGCAAAUGGAAAACCAAUCGCAACCUUUGGUAGGAAAUACGUCUAUCUGAACGUAGGUUUACGCAAACCUAUUCGGUGGAUUUUCCUUCUCGCUGACGUUACAAUGCCCAUCAUUGGCACGGACCUACUUAAUCAUCAUGAUUUACUCGUAGACGUCCGCCGAAAACGACUGAUUGACAAUACUACUAGUCUGUCUAUCAAAGGCAUCACCUACAUAGGCCCUAGCUUGUCACCCGUUAAGAUAAAGGCAAUUCUUGAUCCAACUUUUCAACCUAUUGUUGACAAGUAUCCGGAACUUAAUUGCCCGUCGAACGACCUACCGUGCAUAACCAGCAAUGUUAUGCACCACAUCAUUACCACAGGACAACCUGUGACAUCUAAAGCACGACGAUUAGCUCCUGACAAACUGAGAAUCGCCAGGAAUGAAUUUGACCAUAUGCUUACCCUUGGCAUCAUUCGACCUUCGAAUAGCCCAUGGGCAUCCCCACUUCAUAUGGUUCCGAAAAAGGAUAGCAACGAUUGGCGACCCACCGGUGAUUACCGGCGAGUGAAUGCCAAAACAACCCCUGAUUGCUACCCGUUGCCUCAUAUACACGACUUGACGGCAACCUUAUCCGGCGCGACUAUAUUCUCCAAAAUCGACUUGGUUAAAGCGUAUAACCAAAUCCCGAUGGCAACAGAAGACAUCCCGAAAACGGCUAUCAUUACGCCUUUCGGACUUUUUGAAUUUCUACGUAUGCCAUUCGGUCUUCGGAAUGCAGCCCAAACAUUCCAACGCUUCAUUGACGAAGUAUUUCGCGGUCUCGACUUUGUAUACGCAUACUUAGACGACUGCCUCAUUGCCAGUCCAGACAAGGAAACUCACCUUAGGCACUUGGACUUGGCAUUUGACAGGUUACGCCAACAUGGUGUUACCAUUAAUAUUCAAAAAUGUCAAAUCGGUGUUGACUCACUCGACUUUCUGGGUCACACUAUUGACUGCAAGGGCAUUCGCCCACUGGCUACUAAGGUCGAGGCUAUACUGAACUUUCCAGAGCCACAGACGGUGAAAAGUCUCCGCACUUUUAACGGCUUAGUAAGUUAUUAUCGACGCUUUAUUCCCAACUGUGCCUCUUUGAUUCAGCCAUUGACAGACCUCCUUCGAGGGAAUAACAAGUCCAUAGAACUUGACGCGUCUGCUCGAAAUGCUUUUACCCAGAUUAAAAAAGCUAUUGCGAAUGCCACACUUCUGAUGUAUCAGGAUCCAACGGCACCGUUAAGUAUCUCGGUUGAUGCAUCAAACACUGCAAUCGGCGCAGUUCUACAACAGCUAGUUGACAAUGAGUGGCAACCACUUGCCUUUUUCUCCCGGCGCCUUCAAUUAGCUGAAACGAAGUACAGCACAUUCGGCAGAGAACUUCUGGCUAUGUACUGUGCUAUACGACAUUUUAGACAUUCGGUAGAGGGUCGUGAAUUUAUAAUUUUUACGGAUCACAAACCUCUGACGUACUCUCUGAACUCACCUUCAGAUAAGUAUUCACCCAGGGAAUCACGACAACUGGAUUACGUCUCACAGUUUACAUCAGAUAUUCGCCAUGUAUCCGGAGUAAACAACACUGUGGCAGAUGCCUUGUCGCGCGUUUGUUCUUUCACCCAAAUCGACGGCAUAGACCUAGUAAAACUGGCUCGUCUUCAAAAAGAAGAUGCCGAACUUCAACAUGAGUUGUCGAAAACAACUCUACAAUUAGCUGAGAAACCCUUAGGUAUGGGAAGAGAUACUAUUCUGUGCGACAUUUCCACGAGUACUCCUCGCCCCAUCGUGCCUAAAAGUUAUCGCCGUAACGUCUUCAAUACGUUGCAUGGCUUAUCUCACCCAGGUAUUCGCACUACUGUCAAGCUCGUAACUAGUCGGUUUUGUUGGCCUGGCAUUAAUAAAGAAGUAAGGGAAUGGGCACAAACGUGCUUAGCUUGUCAAAAGUGCAAGGUGAUAAGACACACCAAAAGCCCACUUGGCACCUUUCUUCUCCCUGACGCUCGUUUCGAACACGUCCAUAUAGAUUUGGUUGGUCCCCUUCCUGAAUCACAUGGAUAUGCCUAUAUUUUAACUUGCAUCGAUCGAUUCACACGAUGGCCGGAAGCAGUACCCAUCAAGGACGUAUCUGCUGAAACAGUCGCACGCGUCUUCGUAGAAAGAUGGAUCGCUAACUUUGGAUGCCCAUCUUCCAUAACAACUGAUCGCGGGCGGCAAUUCGAAAGUGGCUUAUUCUUUGCCCUGACUAAAAUAUUAGGUUGCAUGCGAUUUCGAACAACAGCCUACCAUCCUCAAGCUAAUGGUAUGGUAGAACGUCUACACAGACAGCUGAAAGCUGGUCUGUCAGCUGCAAACACCACCCAUUGGACUGAAUCCCUCCGUUAGUUCUCCUAGGGAUACGAAACGCCUUGAAAACCGAUGCUGGUUGUACUAGCGCCGAGCUAGUAUAUGGCACGACACUGCGACUGCCUGGUGAAUUUGUUUCUCCCUCGAGCUUCCCACCAGUGGUAGAUCACGCUUCAUACGUCAGCAGGCUUACAAACGCAAUGCGUUCAGUUAAACCUGCUCCCCUUCGUCCACAGUCCAUUGAUGUUUUCGUUCAUCCGUGUUUGAAAACUUCUUCACAUGUAUUUGUUCGUCGCGACUCUGUGCGCAGACCCCUGGAACCCCCAUAUGACGGACCUUAUAAGGUUAUUAAACGUUCUGAUAAAUUCUUUGUCUUGGACAAAAACGGCCGCGAGGACACCGUCAGCAUUGACCGUCUGAAACCGGCUUACUUGGAGGGUAAUCCUAUUAGCAUAGAGCUGAACGUACCCCAAAAUCCACAAGUAACAGAAGAUCGUGUAGACAUCGAUGAAGUCGCUAGCACAGCGACAGCUACCGAACCUUCUAUCGAGCCUCUCAAGAAAACCCGUUCUGGACGCACCGUAAGGUUCCCAGAAUAUCUGCACACUUAUUUGACUUAACGAAGUCGUGUGAUUCACGCAACUCACUCGUUUGUGGUACUAACUUUUUUUUUGACGUAUAAUUUUUUUUUAUAUACAGUACCACCGAACACAAAAAUUUUUUUCAACAGUUCAUGUAACAUACACAAAAAAAUUAAUUAUAUGUAUUUUUUUUCGAUGUUCUGAACUUAGCAUUAUUUUACUGUAUAGUAAAUGCACAUAAUUUUUUUUAACCAAAAAGGUCAUUUCGUACAUUUUCCUCGACAUGGUUCUUAGCGUUCUUGUUUUCUUUUCCAGGUGCGACGGGCACUGGACAGGAAACAAACGAAGCACGGAAUCCAACGAACAACAACCAGGAAGCUAUGUACAAACACCCUAUUAGCAUAGGCAGACAAACCAGUAGGCAUACGACCAAGCCGCUCGGAAGAUUUUUUUCACCCGAAAGGGAACCAUCGAGUUUUUUUACUUCCGGCUGGUUCUGUCUUAGGGUCCUCACGACCCCACUAGGGGGGAGUGAGCUGUAGCGGUAAAUAAUUCCCCAAAAUUAUUGACCACAGCAAUCACUCAUUGGAUGCUGACCACCACUGUUUAAGUCGACUUGUUUAGCUGAAGGCUUCCGGUCAAGCAUCCCCGCCAUUUGGUACCCCGUCGUGUAACGUGCACGAUCACUAGCUAGCUAAGCGUUCGUCUAACGGCUGGUUUUGGUUCGUAAAUACAUUUCUUCGUUUGGACGACCAAUUGUUGGCUUUUGCUUUGUCUUUGGUACGCGAGAAUAAAUUAAUUAGAAGUUGUUGAACGAGAUAUCACGUCAAACCUU